ACGCCUGCUGCUACUACAAUACCAUCUCAUGCAAAAGCUUGGAUCUAUUCUGAACAUGGCAAGUCUUCAGAUGUUUUGAAGUUCGAAAAUAAUUUGCCUACUCCCAAACCCAGACCAGAUCAGGUACUAAUCAAGGUUGUUGCAGCUGCCCUUAAUCCUAUUGAUUUCAUAAAGACUCAAGGUCAUUACCAGGACAGUGAUUCCCCUUUUCCAAUUGUUCCAGGCUAUGAUGUUGCUGGUGUGGUGGUCAAAGUAGGAAGUGAAGUUAAGGAAUUUAAGGAAGGGGAUGAGGUUUAUGGUCUUGUUGAGGCAAAGGAUGUUGGCUCGUUGGCUGAGUACACAAACACAACUGCUGAAGAGAAUGGUUUGGUUCACAAGCCACAGAAUCUGAGCUUUGUUGAAGCUGCUAGCCUUCCUUUGGCGAUUGAGACUGCUUAUAAAGGCCUUGAGCGAAUUGGGUUUUCAGCUGGGCAAUCUAUCCUUGUUUUAGGAGGUAGCGGCGGAGUUGGAACACUUAUAAUUCAGCUAUCUUGUUCCAACUCUCUCCUGAUGGGGCUAUCUUAGAAAAACUCAAACCUUACUUGGAAAGUGGCAAGGUGAAGCCAGUCCUCGACCCCAAGAGCCCAUUUCCGUUUUCGCAAACUGUUGAAGCUUUUUCCUAUUUGGAAAUGCGUAGAGCAGCUUGAAAGUGGUCUUCUAUCCUAUACCAUGAAAAUUGAAAACGAGCAGCUGGAAAAAUGCUUCAAGGUUUGUGAUAUUGUUGGCCCAAUAUUUUGGCCCAAGAAAGAAAAACGCAUUCAGCCCAAAACUCUCGAGGAAGUCGAAUUCUGACUAAAGAAAGGAAGAGGAAGUUGCACCAAGUUAAUGGGGCGGCAAAACUCGACAACAACAAUUACUGCUAAACACAGGCACAUGUAACACGUGCCACACUGACCAAGUCAAAUUCCCCCCACGAUGGUCGAAAACAUGGCCAGGAAACGGUUGGAGCAGUUGAAGCACACGAUCUCCACCACCAUGCGUAGAACUUCCGGAGCAAGCAUCAGAUCGUGGGAGAAACCAGACCCACUAACACGCAGAACACGAAACUCUAUAAAUAGGAGAAUCCAAUUCAGAAAGAGGGUUCCCAACUCAAACUCUGAAAAAUUCACCAGAAAGCUCUAAUGUCCGCAUCAAUGAGACUCAAGGAGCAAAACGUGAUGAUGAAGGAGUACGUUGCAGAACCAACACUUUAGUUUCCCCGCAUUUCAGUUUGUUGAUUUCCAGUUCUUCUGUGCAGUUUGUUUGUCGAAAUCUGCAGUUCAUGUAGUUUUCAUGUUAUUUUAGUUUGUUUGACUGUUUUGUAAUCGACUCGUAUUCAAUAAAUUCCAGUUUCAUC